CACUGGCAUCUUAUCGGGAACACUCAGCGGGCUUGACCGGACGCACCAGCUGUUCUCUUCUGCACUUCGGUGUUCCUGUCAUCAAAUCCUCUGUCACGGCCCCUUCACCAAGCACCCUCUCCAGUUCUUCAGUGCCACUUGCUGAGAUGGAUUGGGCCACACCAGCUGCCAAACUGAAUCCCUACACCCGAGCCCGCAUGACAGAGGCCUGGCAGCAGCAUGCUGUCGCUCCACCUCCAGUCGUCCACACCAUCCCUCCAGGAGCUGAGAACGCAUUGGGCUGUGCCGUUUAUGGUAUCGUACUGCAGCCUGAUGCCACGUCCCUACAGCAGCAACAGACCCAGCAUGGUCAGCACAGCCAACACAGCCAGCAACACAGCGGGGGUCAGCAGCAUGGAGGCGGGCAGCAUGGUCAGCAGCAGCACACCACCCAGGCUCAACAGACCUCCCUACAGGUGGGGACAGAGGGAGGACACAAGUGUGGGGCCUGUGGACAUGAUAUCUCCCACCUGGCUAACCCACAUGAGCACCAGUGCAUGGUGAGUCAGGACAGGUCAUUCCAGUGCACCCAGUGCAUGAAGAUUUUCCAUCAGGCCACAGACUUGCUAGAACACCAGUGUGUUCAGGUGGAGCAAAAGCCAUUUGUGUGUGGGGUGUGUAAGAUGGGAUUCUCCCUACUCACUUCUUUAGCCCAGCACCACACAUCCCACAACAGCACCAACCCCAUGAAGUGUUCAAUAUGCGAGAAGACCUACCGACCUGGUUCCUCUGGCAACGCCACACCAAACUCAAACAAUCCCCAGCAGCCCAGCAGUGAUGGGGCAUCCGCCAGCAGCAGCUCAUCCAUUCUUCCUUUUCCCUCGGCCAGAGACCGGCCGUACAAAUGCUCUGUUUGCCAGAAGGGCUUCAAACACCUGUCAGAACUCACACGGCACGAGAGGGUGCACACAGGAGAGAAGCCCUUCAAAUGUGACACGUGUGACAAGGCCUUCAGCCAGUCAUCACAUCUACAGCACCAUCAGCGAACACACAGCAACGAGCGCCCGUUCAAGUGUGCAGUUUGUGAAAAGAGUUUUAAGCACCGCUCCCACCUAGUGCGCCACAUGUACGUGCACUCGGGUGAGCACCUGUUCAAAUGCAACUUAUGUGAGCUGCACUUCAAAGAGUCGUCAGAGCUCCUUCACCACCCCUGCCACCCGCAGGGUUCCCGCCCAUUUCGCUGUGCCACAUGCGGUAAGGGUUUCAAACGGCCAUCCGACCUUCGCCAGCAUGAGCGCACGCACUCUGAGGAGCGUCCCUUCCACUGUGAUGAGUGUCAGAUGAGCUUCAAACAGCAGUAUGCACUUGUGCGCCACAGACGCACACACAAAGACCCUACUGACCGGCCGUUCAAAUGCAAUCUGUGCGACAAGGGUUUCAUGCAGCCCUCUCACCUCCUCUACCACCAGCACGUCCACGGCAUGGACAACCUGUUCAAGUGCGCUUCAUGCCAGAAGGAGUUCAGCCAGUCAGGAGAGCUGCUCAGACACAAAUGUGGCGAGUCGUCCAACACCUCACCAGACAAGCCGUAUAAGUGUGACGUUUGUGGCAAGGGCUACAAGAAGAGCUCCACGUUACAGCGUCAUCAAAACUCUCACUGCCAAGAGAAGCCGCUCAAAUGCUCGCUCUGUGACCGGCGCUUCCUGUCCUCUUCGGAGUUUGUACAGCACCGCUGCGACCCGUCCCGGGAAAAGCCGCUCAAGUGCCCGGACUGCGAGAAACGUUUCAAAUACUCAUCAGACCUGAACCGGCACCGCCGCGUUCAUACAGGGGAGAAACCGUAUAAAUGUGGCCACUGCAACAAGGGCUUCAAACAGCGCGAGCACCUGACAAAACACCAGAGCACACACUCCAGAGAGGGCCAGUUCAAGUGUGUUUGGUGUGGAGAGCGUUUCAGUGACUUGGGCUCUUUGCAGGAUCAUACGGUGCAGCACACGGCGGAUGGAGGGGGUUACCCUGUGCCUCAGUGCAUAUAGAUCCCUGGAGACUUUUUUCCCCCUGAACAGACAGUUCCCUAAACUCCCUGUCCUCUUGUCUAAACCUUGUAGGCUAUUUAUUCAGCCUAACAUUCAUCACAUUUUCAGGACAGCCUAAAGCUAUUACUAUGGCAUUGAUUUCCACCAGUGCUAUAUCAGGUCUUUGUUGCUCUAGUAUCCUGACAUUACAUUACCCCCAACCCUGUUAUUCCAUGAAAUCCUGAGGAGCACUUUUUUUUUCUCUCUUCCUUCUUGAACCUAUUCCCUCCGCCUCUUCUUUUUCCAACCCCACACUCAGACAGUUGAUAGCAGUGAAGAGGCCGCAACCACUUAACUCCCAUCAGUCUUACUCUCUGCCAACCAAGUCCGACUGACUGUUGCGGACAGAAACAGGUGCCAUAAUUCAGGUUGAUCUAACAAAUACUUAAAUCGCUCCUAAUUUCCUCCCUUCAGAGAAGGAUAAAUUGUCUUGACAAAAUCAUACAGCCAUUGUUUUUUUUAUAUUUUGGCAGUGAGUAUAUUGUAAAGAGUAUUGAAUGAAUCAGUAGAGUCGAGUCUCCAUCUAAACUAAUCUGGCCAGAAACUGUUUUAACUGUUUGAGUAUAGGGGUUCAUUCUCUUGCUUUUGUUUUUCUUUCACCGUCUCUCCCUUUCUUUCUACAGUCGCUCCUCCCUCCCUCUCCUCAGUUUCUCCCUCCAUCAGUUUUCCUCUUUUGCUUCUUGUCUCAGCCUGUCGCCGUUUAGUAUCAAAGACUGGAAAGUUUGACUAACCCCCUCAGACGCACAUGCACUCACAUUCAUUUGUCUUUGGUCAGGUGAAGGAUGACUGAGAACGCUUUUGGUUUUUCAUUUUCCCGCAGUAGAACAGAAACGGUCCCGACCAAACACCCCCGCUUCCUCAUCUCUGGGUUUUAAAGUUUUUUACACUUCGUAUUUAUGAAGUAGCCACUAAUGUCCUCAACAUAUGUGAAAGAGAAACAGUAUGGGGCUUAGUUUGGGGAUUUAUUGUCCUGUAGUGAAAUAAUUCUGAUGAUAAAAUGUCUGUGAGUGUAUGUGUGGGCCGUGAUUUUUAUUUUAUUUUUUAUGGCUAUUCCUGCUUCUACCAAAACACCAGUACUGAAGCAGCACCUGAUCCCGGUGCUGUGUAGACUAACCACCCAGCUGAAAUUAACUCCCAAUUAAACCCCUAAUGGUUGAUACCGAUCUCACCCUCCAGUAUAGACGUAUAUAGAAAUAUAUAUUUCACACUAAUAUACUUGUCAUAUUCCUGCAGAGGUUCAGUGCUGUUAGACUAAUAUGUACUGAAAGUGAUCAUUACACUUCCUCUCUCAGCCUGUACAUACUAUGGAUGUGUGAGUGUACUUAGCCAGAUGAGUUGGAAAUGUCAGAACUUGUAUUUCUUAAGAAAAAAAACAAAAAACAACAAAAAAACAAAGUAUUGAAGAACUGUUUUUGUAUUCUUGCUACUUUUUACCAUGUGAAAUGUUUUGACAAUUGCUCUUUUGUUGUUUUUGUAGUCCAUGUAGUGAUUGUACUGAUAUGUUGCAGGGAAUCUCAAAGAGCACCCUGUGUGUGUGUGUGUGUGUGUG